AUGCCUAUGCCUCAGGUAGCCUCGUUUAAAAGAGAUGUAUGUACCGCUAACAGUGCUGCAUGGAAUCGAGAUAAAAGAAACGAACACAAUAUCAUUGUUGAAAAUACUAUUGAUGAUGAUAAAAUCCCGUGGGUUGCACCGGACCCCUAUUAUCAAAACCAUAAACGCGCUUCAGUUAUCAAUAAAAUUAUAGAUAAACCUAAAAUUACUAAUAAUAAUAAUGUCAAUUAUUCCAAAAGUAAAAUAAUUAAAAGCAAUCACCGUACUCGUACAUCUGACUUAUUACUUGUUAAGAACGCUCACGAAAAUGAAGAAUAUGCAAGCGAAAAGGUAUUUGCAGAUCAAAAAUCCUUUGAUGAGGAUUCAAAAAACUUUGAAAGUAACAGCAAACUGAAACACGUGACUCAUCAUAAUACUGUUGAUAAAGAUAUUGGCAAAAUAUCAAUUUUUAAUUAUGAUAGUGGAGAAACGGGUUAUGAUCUUUAUGAAAUUGGUAAACCAGAUUUAUGGUAUUCUGUUCAUGUCCAGCUUUUCGAAAAGAUGAGUACACCCGAGGGGAAAACUGCUUGGAACGAUAUUACUGAUGGGGAAAUUGCAAGUGUAAGUUCUGUUGAACCAGAAUGGAGGGGCCAGGAUAUCAAUAUUAAAUACAGGUCAAAUGAUUUUAUUUCAAAAGAUGAGUUUACUUUACCCUCGGAUACUAGACUAUGUUUGUUGGCAUCUGUAAAUGAAGAUACUUCCAAGAACACUGAUGAAGACAACGUUACACCUUACAAAAUAGGUCUAUAUCAACCUUCAAUCAUCAAUAAUAAAAGAUCCCCUCGAUCCAAAGCUAAGAUAGGUGUUCCACAGGGCUCAAUACUUGGUCCUUUCUUGUUUUUAAUUUACAUAAAUGACUUGCCUAAUUUCAUAAGGGAUAAUCACGAUAUAGUUUGGUUUGCGAAUGACACUUCACUUUUGUUCAAAAUUAAAAGAGGGCUUCCUCUAAAUGACUUUGUGAACAAUUCUAUCGCUAAAGCAGUACAUUGGUUUAAUGUAAAUAAUCUUCUCCUCGAUGAAGAAAAAACAAAAUGCCUAAAAUUUGUACUACCAAAUGUUAAAAAAAGUAGAUAUAAAUGUGAAUCUAAAAGAUAA